AUGGUAGACAACCGCAGUUAUGGAACAGGAGGGCCAUCACCACGUGGAUCCGUCAUGAUCUCAGAUCUACACACGCAAAUGCAAAGAUUUCGUCCUAACAGAUCAUGGCCAAUUUUUGUUCCCGACGAUGUGGACGAAGCAAAGGUCAUCAACGACAACGUUUGCAAGGCCUGUUACCUAGCGGCCCUCCUGCUCUUCAACAACUGUGUUGCCAAGAACCUGGACGAUGACUCCGUUUCCUCGUCAUCAAACCCAGUAGCUGGUUCUUUAGAGUAA